GAUCAUAAUUCUGAUAUGCAUAACUGUGUGUGGACGUGGUGGAGGACUGAGAUCAAUAAUCUUGCCUUUAUAUAGAACGAAAUCAACUCCUGGAAUUAACGGAUAAAGACAAAGGUGAGUGAAAUAUUCUUGUAUUGUUUAAAGUAGUUCAGGUCAUGGCUGAGGAAUUAAAAGACACGAUUGCUCAGAGUCUGGAGUGUCCUGUAUGUCUGACUACCUUCACUGAUCCCAAGAUCCUGUCUUGUUCACACACCUACUGCAAGGUCUGUCUGGAAAAGCUCUUGGAAUCCCGUGGUGAUGAUCAGAUGAUCCGAUGCCCUGUCUGCAGAGCCGAUACCCAGGUCCCAAAUCAGGAUGUCAGCCAACUACCGGCAAGCCUAGCUUUCAGGAAUCUUAUAGAGGACGUGAAAAAUCAACAUCAAAUUUGCACGAAUUGUGAUUCCGAGGAUAAGCCCAAAGCCGUUGUCUACUGCCAAGAUUGUGGCAACUAUCUCUGUAUUACUUGUCACAAUAUGCACUCUCAGUGGAAAAACUUUGUCGAUCAUGAGAUCAUAGCCAUGAGUGAGAUCUCAUCAGGAAAGGUGUCAAUACGUAGAUACCGGAAAUGCAGGAAGCAUCCAAAAGAAGACGAAGAAUGUUUCUGUUCUAAUUGUAAGAGAUUCACAUGCUUCAGGUGUGCUGUUAUGGAACAUAAAGAUCAAGGACACCAGGUCAUCGAGUCAGCUACUUAUGAAAGUCAUCACACGAAGACAAUCGAAGAGGUUAAAUUCAAGGUGGAGAAGAAACAAUCUUGCUUUCAGAAUUACAUCGAUCUCAUCGAUGAACAGAAGAAGUGUGUGGGUGAUGCUAUGAAGCAUUGCACAUAUGACAUCAACAAAGCAUAUGAUGAAGCAGUUCGGCAGUUGACAGAGAAGAGAGAAAUCCUACUUGGUGAAGUCAAGGGAAAGACUGAAAGAGCAGAGGAAGCCCUUGAAGAAAUGAAGAAAUCAGCUCGACAGUGCAUCAAUCAGUUGAUGACCAUUGCUGAGAUGGUAACCAAUAGAAGAAAUGCACCAGUAGACAUGGACACUUUGGCUGUGUAUGACACAUUAUGUGAAGACCUACAAGAGGUCUUAAAUCAGGAAAAUCCUGAUUACGAGCAGCCGAAUAAAACAUGCGGGAAGGCGAAAAGUUCCAUUUUUGAGAGAAAUAUUGGAAAGGACGAACUAGGUCUUGGAAAAAUUGUUAAUGAGGUUGUAAAGAGCAUUACUUUGCCUAUUAAAGAUAGCAUGAAUGCCAUUGUAAACACACCAGAUGGUAGGAUGGCUGUAGGGUGUUAUACAGGUGGCAUUGAGAUCUUCUCUUUUGAUGGUCAUCUCCAGCAGACAGUCCUCAAGGAUGUUCAGAUUUGUACAUUAGGUUUCCUCUCUGAUGGUCGAUGCGUUGUAAUUGAUACAUCAAACACUUUAGCACUGUACACACCAGAGUUCACGAAGUUGGAUAUGAUGUUUGAGACUCUCAAUGACGAUGAAGGUGGGGUUUCUAACCUCACUGUUGAUAGUGAUGAUCUGAUCUAUGUUAGCUACAGGAAACCCGAGAAGAUCCAGGUGUUCUCAUCAGCAGGUGGGAAGGCAGUCAAGGAGAUACCAUGCCACGGAUAUGAGCCUCAACAAAUCACUUCUUACAAUGAUUCACUAAUUAUUAAAAUGGGUAGUACUGUUCGAUUGAUAGACAAAGAAGGUGAUGUAAAGCAUACAUUAACCAACCCAAGUAAUACUUACCUACACACUGCAGUGUCACAAAGCAAUACAAUCCUGAUAGCCACUGUGGAGCACGAUGAAGGUUUGGUGAGCAUCGAUGAGUACACAGACGAGCUGGAGCACAUUCAUAACCUUGUUAAUGAGUACAAGAUUGAGAAGCCUAUAAAUAGAAAUUGGUAUUAUCUCCAGCAGUACCGAUCAGGAGAGAUCGCCUUCUGCACUCCUGAUAACCUCUAUAUUAUGAUCACAUAAAAUAAUGGAUGAAACCGCAAGAAAUACGUCGUAUAAUAAAAUUGUAUACAGCGUUAAAAAUUGACUUUCUAGAUGACAUAAAUUUCUUCAUAAAGUUCUUCAACUUUCCUAGAAAAAAUCCAAAAUUAUCAGUAACCGGCACUUUCGCUGUGUCUUUAUUUUACGAUGCUUAAGCUCAUCAGAAGUGAAUAGAAUGUGGAUAUAAACUUUGACAUAAUGGUAAAAGUAGUCCAAGACAUUAUUCAACCACAAUCUGUUUUCAGAUGUCUCGGUAUUUUCUUAUCCAAUCCCGAUCAAAUUGAAUUUAUCUGACUGAUUUGUGGAAAAUGUAAUAAAUGAAAUGAAUCAAUAAAAAAAGCAAUAAAUGAAUUUUGAAUUGAUAAAAUUGUAUUGCUACAUUCAUGCCAAUAUAUCAAUUUCAAAUGCAAACACAAUUUAAUGUAAAAGAUUGAAGAACCCUUUAAUGAUCAACGGUGACAUUUCAGAUAUUCACCAUGUACAGUAUAGUUAAACAUGAUUGCUUAGAAUAUAAAGAAACAUUUAUGAAAAUAUGAAAAUUAAUGGAAGAUUUACAACAAUUCUGAAUAGAGAUAACAUGGCCAUGGGAACGACUUUUUAACUGGGGUGCUGAAGUAAUUUUG